GUGUUGCAUUUCCGUGAAAUUUUUCGUGAAUAUGUGUACUGUAAUAGCAACAGAAGAUUUAGAAUUUAUAGAAAAUGAAUUAGACUUUGACGAUAAGGUCUCCUUGCUUUUUCUGUUAUACGGCCAAAGGAACCCAAACUAUCUUUUACAAACGCUAACAGUUGUCUGCCGGGCACCGAAUGAGGAGACUCAAUUACUUCACGAUUGGGUCUCAUAUGUUAAGGACGAAUGGCAGUCAGAGUUACUAGAAGCUUUAGUUAUUAUUCAAGCAAAUCUGUGUUUGUUGAAAACUGGUUUCGACGAUGUUGAACUCAAAGAACGUUUUCUGCCGCACAUAGCGGAGCUUGCUACUUGUGUAAAUCCAGUACUGAAAGGUCUGUACUUGCUUUGUGAAAAAAUGGACGACAAUGUUACUGCCAAGUUAUUGGAUUAUCUUAAGCAGAACAAUGCUUUAGCUGUACAAGAUCAUCUGCAUUUCGAGCUGGCUUUACUGGAAUUACUUUGUCGAGGAGAAUUGAAACUUGGGUGCAGAAAAAACGCCGAGCAGUGUGACCUGCUAGUACUAGUAGCAGCAUUGAAAACAUUGGAUCUUUACGAUUUGGCCUAUUUCUGUAAGAGCAUAUCGAAUAAUUUCAAUAAGGACAUAUCAAUGAAUCCAAAUCAAUCUGACAAUACUAAAUCUAAUGUUUCAUUUUACCUACUACCAGAGGCAAAAGUUCAGCCAUUGGGAGACGUUCCCCAGGACGGAUACUACAUUUCAAACCGAAAUGCAGGAAUAAUACUGAUUAUUAAUCAAUUUACAUUCUAUAGGGAAGCUAAUCCUGAACUAGCUGAUUUACUCCCUUUAAAACCAUUAUGUAAUCGAAGAGGAACCGAAAUAGACAAGUUGGCAAUUUCGAACUUGUUUUCCGCCUUUGGCUACGAUUUGAUUGAAAUAGAUAAUAUUCCUCACUUGGAAAUCUUGAAACAGGUGGAAAAUGCAGUGACUAAAAUGAAAACAAAUCACUGCUCUCUGGUGGUUUGUUUGUUGUCUCACGGUCAGGAAGGAAAGGUCUAUGGUAGUAACAGCAUUCCCGUUAGCGUAAAAGCGAUUGAGAAAGUGAUGGCAGCGGAGAAGCUGACCGGUAGGCCAAAGCUGCUGUUUGUACAGGCCUGUCAGGGUUCCGAUCUUCAGUCGGCAGUGGAAAUCCCGCGCUUGGAGCAUGAUGGGCCUUCAGCCGAGCGGACUGCAUCGGUUUUCGUUGACUUUCUGGUCGCGUGGUCGACCGUGCCCGGGUUUGCCUCGGUGCGACAUAUCGAAAAGGGAUCCUGGUUCAUACAGGAGUUAUGUUUGAAACUUCGCCAGCUGCAUGAUCGAAACCAUUUAAUGGAUAUUCUUACGGCUGUGAUAGACGACGUUUCCAGCAAAAGGGGCUACGGGAACGAAUGCAUGGUGCCAAUAAUUUACAGCACGCUUAGAAAAAAGCUAUAUUUUGAACCAUUGAAAUCAAAACAGAGCUAGUAUCAUAGUAUGUGUGAAAUUCACAAUAAAAAUUAAUAGAAAUAGUUCUAAUCACUACACAUUAAGCAAAACAAUAACGGUCUGACCAAUAAGUUUAAUAUUUUUAAG